CAAAAAGCUUUUGCAGCAGUGUAAAGUGUCUUCCGUAAAUAUUUGUUGAUAUUCUAUUCCACCCAUUAGUUUCUUAUCCUUCCCCCACACGAUUCUCCUCUCUUUCUGCUCUUGUUCACCUCCUUCACUCCACUUUACCUCGCUCCACCUCACUCCACUCCACUUCAUCCCACUCCACUUCAUUCCACUUCAUUCCACUUCAUUCCACUCCACUCCAUUCCACAUCUCUUUUUUUUUGAAAGACAAUGGUUGCCUAUGAACUACCUCCUAUUGGUCAUGCCCUCAGCGGAGGUGUAGCUGCUGCACUUGCCAAUAUGGUCAUCUAUCCUCUUGACAUGGCCACUACCCGUGUACAAAGCCAGUCCACUAAGGAUCCUUCAGAGUCUUCAGUAACAGGAUUGAUCCCUUUGCAGAAAACUGCUUCUGCCUCUGCCUCUGCUUCAAAUGAAACUGUGGAGCUUAUCGAGUUUAAACGUCCUCCCCUUCCAGAUUCCACUUCUUCUUCCUCCAGUACAACUGCUACCUCGUCUGAUAUCACAAUUGGAGAGGAUGGUCGUAAAAAGAAGAUCACUAAAACCACCAUCACCACCACCACUACAACACAUAAAGUUGCCUCCUCUUCUUCUCUCUCUUUAUCUUCUUCCACUUCCAGAAAAGUUCGUUACACCUCUGUGUUGGACGCGAUCCGUAAGACCUAUGCGACAGAAGGCUUCUCAGCCUUAUAUUCAGGUCUGGCCUCGGAUACAGUGGCCACGUUGACCUCCAACUUUGUAUAUUUCUAUGUCUACAUGGCAUUGAGACAAUACAAGGAGCAUCGUCGUCAAUCUGGUCAAUUAUCCACAGUUCAGGAAUUAUUUUUGGGAGCCGAAGCUGGAAUAAUUUCUAGAUUUUUCACAGCUCCAAUCCAUGUUGUCACCACGCGACAACAAGUCAUGGGCAGCAGCCUCGAGCAAGAAGGAAAAGGAGCAACACCAAAGUCAACGACUAAAGUUUCGGCUCGGUCGAUCAUUCAAGAGAUCUAUGCUCAGGAUGGUAUUACCGGUUUCUGGGCCGGCUAUGCACCUACAGUCAUUCUUUCAAUCAAUCCUUCAAUUACGUAUUUCCUCUUUGAGACUUUUAAAAAAUGGAUUCUUCAACAACAACUCAAGACUGUGAGCCGAACCAAUCCUAGCCCUUCAAAAUCCGUUUUGGCAGCCGCUGCCUCCUUGACAUCAUUACAAGUCUUUUUGAUCAGUGCAUUCUCCAAGGCCAUUGCAUCAUUUUUGACGUAUCCACUCAUUCUCACUAAAACUAAAUUGCAGACUAAGUCUGAAGAAGAAAAUCAAGUAGAUGAGGAGGCAUCGAUUGGUAUAGCAACAGUAGAUUCAAAAACAGGUGCAAUGGCAGCAGUAUCAGCAUCAACAGCAUCAGGGGGAUCGACAAGAAAGACAGUCAAGAAGAGCUUUAAUGGUAUCUCAGAUGUCUUCAGGACUGUCAUCAGGGACAAGGGUAUUGCAGGUCUCUACACUGGUUGCCAGGGUCAAGUCGUCAAGGGGUUCUUCUCCUUUGGUUUGAUGUAUAUGAUCAAGGAUCGCGUCGUCGCUUGGAUGCUCACACUCUUCUUGUCCAUCCACAACAUGAGAAAUCGUGUUACCUCUUCUUAAGGAAGCAACAGGUAGUUAGUACAGUUUAUAGAAUAAGGAUUGCAGCUCGCAUUUUCCUUUCCUUUUCAAUUUGUAUUUUUUUCCUCCUAAAUAAUCGUGAAUAAAGCCCCUAGAGAA